GGCGGCACAGCCGCACAGGGGGGGACAUGGCAACCAGCGCCAAACUGCUCCGCAUCUCCCUCCAGCACCACCACCACCACCACCACCUCCUCCUCCUUCUCCCCACUCCCACUCCCCGCGCCAACCCGAGGACUGUAGCGAGGACGAGGACCUGCGCCGCCCGGAGAGGGUAUCAGCAGGUGAGGGGGCUCCAGGGCACACCUGCAGCCCCGGGCAUCGCCUCUUACAUGCCCGAGGCAGCCUCCUUCCCCGGGGUCAGGUCCUACUCGGAUCUACUGGACUUCGCCAUCAGAGAUCCUGAGAGGUUCUGGGGCGCUCUGGCCCGGGAGAGGCUGCACUGGACCAAACCCUUCGAGCGGGUCCAGGACAGCGACUUCGGGAAAGGCUCGACCUCUUGGUUUCUGGGCGGACAACUCAAUGUGUCAGUGAACUGCUUGGAUCGACAUGUAAAGGACUCCCCCAACAGAGUGGCUUUGAUCUGGGAACGGGAUGAACCAGGGACUGAGUUGAGGAUCACAUACAGGGAACUUCUGGAAACUACGUGCCGUAUUGCCAACACCUUGAAGCGACAUGGUGUGCAGAAGGGGGACACAGUUGCUAUAUACAUGCCCGUGUCCCCUGUGGCAGUGGCUGCCAUGCUUGCUUGUGCCAGAAUCGGUGCUAUUCACUCAGUGAUCUUUGCUGGGUUCAGCAGUCAAGCGUUGUCUACAAGAAUCAAUGACGCACAAUGCAAGACAAUCAUCACCUGUAAUCAAAGUGUCAGAGGCGGUCGCAUUAUUGAGCUGAAGAAAACUGUAGAUGAGGCAGUAAAGAUGUGUCCAACAGUGAAACGUGUCUUUGUAGAGCAGAGAACAGAAAACAAGGUUCAGAUGAAUGACAUUGACAUACCCCUUGAAGAGGAGAUGAAGAAGGAGGAGGCAGUUUGUGAUCCUGAGCCCAUGGACAGUGAAGACAUGCUCUUCAUGCUGUACACCUCUGGAAGUACAGGACAGCCCAAGGGCCUGGUGCACACACAGGCUGGCUAUCUGCUGUACACAUCUAUUACCCACAAGUAUGUGUUUGAAUACCAGCAAGGUGAUGUUUUUGGCUGUGUGGCCGAUAUUGGAUGGAUUACAGGACACAGUUACGUGGUCUAUGGUCCUCUCUGCAACGGUGGUACCUCUGUACUGUUUGAAAGUACUCCAGUCUACCCACAUCCAGGUAGAUAUUGGGAGACUGUUGAACGGUUAAGAAUCAAUCAGUUUUAUGGUGCUCCAACUGCCAUCCGCCUGCUGCUAAAGUAUGGAGACAGCUGGGUGACGAAGUAUGACCGAUCAUCCCUGAAGGUUCUGGGCACUGUUGGAGAACCUAUUAACUAUGAUGCCUGGCAGUGGUACUGGAAGGUGGUGGGAGGAGAACGAUGCACCCUCAUAGAUACCUGGUGGCAAACGGAGACGGGUGGAGUGUGUAUCGCCCCACGACCUUCAAAGAAAGGAGCAGAAAUUCUGCCAGCUAUGCCUAUGAGACCUAUGUUUGGCAUCAAACCUGUUCUAAUGAAUGAGAAGGGUGGACGUAUGGAUGAGAAUGAUACAUCUGGUGCCCUGUGUAUUGCACAGUCUUGGCCUGGCAUUGCAAGAACCAUCUAUGGGGAUCAUCAGAAAUACCUAAAUUCAUACUUCAAAAGGUUUCCAGGCUAUUACUUCACGGGGGAUGGUGCAUACAGGUCGAAGGAUGGCUAUUACCAAAUCACUGGCCGCAUGGAUGACGUGAUUAACAUCAGUGGACAUAGACUGGGGACAGCUGAGAUAGAAAGUGCCCUGGACGAGCAUCCUGAUGUUCCAGAAACUGCGGUCGUUGGCUGUCCUCACCACAUUAAAGGAGAAGGUGCGUUUGCCUUUGUGGUUCUAAAGGACACCAUUUCCAAGACAGAACCGGCCAUUGUUGAAGAUCUCAAAUCUAUUGUGGCAGCUAAAAUAGCAAAGUAUGCUGUUCCUGAUCAAAUUCUGAUUGUCAAACGACUUCCCAAAACCCGAUCCGGGAAGAUCAUGCGGCGAGUGUUGAAGAAAAUAGUUACAGAUCACCUAACCAACCAGGAGGACCUGAGCAGCAUGGGGGACCUGAGCACCUUGGAUGAUCCCAUGGUGAUCAAAGAGAUCGUUGAAGCUUAUAAAAUAUUUAAAGAACAUUGAGUUGAACCAGCCAAUAAAUUGGGGUGUGUGUAGCUCUAUCGAUCAUGUUGCCUAGUAUUACCUGACACAUUAGCACUCUGUACUCUCUUAAUGCUUAGCAUUGUAUUUAAUAUAAAAAGAUUAUUUUUGAUCA